GCUCAGUCGCAGCGCGUGCACCACGGCUAUCCACUCCAAGUCAACUGGCAGUCGUGAAAGUUUUUGGCAAGAGAAGCCGAGAUUUCUACAGUUUUGGGGCGGAACCUUUGAAUUGCUUAACAUUGCUAGAGAAAUCCGGGCAGUGCCACAUCUUUGAACAACGAAGUUGUUUCAGCUGGAACAAAUUUUUGCGAAUCGCAUAUUCUGCAGUUGAGCAAGAACACCAUGUCGGAUUCAUACCGGAGACUGACCGCCGGGCUUCAUCUGACGCCUGCAUUGCGGUUGUAUUUUCACCUGUUUGUCAUAAUUGGAGCUGUGGGUGAGGCAGCUCAUUACCAGCCAACUAUGGUAGUGUCAGUGCCACACAUGAGCUACUUCUGCCCGCAGGGCAUCAAUGUAAGCCUGCCCUGCAACGUGGAGGGGGCGCCGCUGCACCAUGAGGACCACCUACAGCACGGCUGGAUCUUCACCCCCCACCAGGACGAGCGCUGCCACGACAAGGUGCACCCCCGCCAGCACGGCAACCAUUCCCACGCCUCCUCUGUCGGGGUGCAGUACGGCACGAGCAAAGGCUACUUCUGGGUCACCCUGCUGAAUGUGACGCAUGCCGACCAGGGCAGGUAUUGCUGCGUGUUGCUGGAAUAUGAAAAGGAUAAGAACCACCCGAAACUGGUGCAGAGGACACACAACCACGUCCUGCUGACCGUCGUACCCCGUCGGAAUGGAAGUGACCACUGCACUUACUGGGACCACAAGGCUCCUGAAGGAUCAGUGGCAGCAGGGCUGGCAACAGCAGGGUGCAUUAUGGGUAUUCUCUCCUUGCCCCUUAUCCUCCUGCUAGUGUACAAGCAAAGACAGACAGCCCAGUCCAACCGACGUGCCCAUGAGCUGGUGAGAAUGGACAGUGAGAUGCAAGGUCAUGAGAACCCUGUGUUUUUGGGAGGUUCGCCCCAGACCAAGACGCGUACUGUGUCCCAGAUCAUGACCAGACAGUCCUCAGAAACAGGGAGGCACUUACUGUCCGAACCUGGCACCCCCCUCUCUCCUCCUGCCCAUGGGGAGGUCUUCUUCCCAUCACAUGAGCCCAUUCCUGAGUCCCCGGACUUCAUGCAGGUAUAACGAGGAAGGAGUUGUGAUGUCCCUCUCAGCGGUUUUGCUCCUUCAGCAUUAUCUCAUAGCUAUGUCACCUCUCACACCUGCCUCACUUUGCUGUUGGAGAUUUCUCUGCACGUGUGUGGAUUGAACAAAAACAAAAACCAACCAUUUUUCCACUUGCUACAACUCAAGACCAAAGGAGGAUCACAUCCUAUCAGUGCCCAGGCUGGAGCUGGGGGCCGUUUUACAUGCGACACUCUGUCCAAAAUAUCAACAGCCACGAAUCCACAGGUGCCCUGGUAUCUGACUAUUCGUGCUGUUACCGGGAUGUAGGAAUGUUUCGACCUGGAACUCCCUUUAAACUGCUGAGGAAAAUGUGUGUUGAUCACUGGCUUCCCCGGGGAAGAUGGAGAACCGGGCUGGCUGCAGGAAUGGUGUCUUGUUUCACAGGAAGUGCGCGGCUGACAUUCCACAGGGCUCACAGAUAUCGGGCCGCAUGCAUGUGUGUUAAAGGAAGACUAUUCUGCACUUACAGUGGCAUGAUCAGGGCUGUCCACAUGGUCUUGUACAGAGGACAUGCAAAGUUCAAGUCUCAUCGAUGCAAACUGGCUUUAUUAGCAGGAGAGUAGUUAUCUAGUAUUGCCAAAACAUUUUAAGGUCUGAACAUAAAACACAACCAUAUACAUGUGAAUACAUGCCUAAUUUGAAAAUGUUCUCUUUCUCUCUCAAGCUUUCCCUCUCUCUCUAUCUGUGUUUUUAUAUCUUUCAGUCUCUCUCCCACCCUUUCUUUCUGUAACACACUCACUCAGUACUUUGCCACUCAUUCAGUCACUUUCUCCCACUCACUUGCUUCCCAGAGUCUUAGCUUUGUAUUUCACUGGCUUUAAAAUGCAGUGCUACAGCCUCACCAUUUUCAACUCCAGGUCAUUCCUCUCAUCAGAUAAGACCUCAUCUGGGGGUAAUUGGAGAAUUCCUUGAAUGGCUUCACCCUACCCACAUUCCCCUUCACUGCCUAGAUGACCAAGAGUUUGUCUACCUUCAUGUGCUAUUCUUAAUUCAUUAUUUCCUCAUUUGUAAAAUGCAGUGAUUUUAUAUAUUAUUAUAUAUUUUGACACUUUUAAGACUUUUAAAAUCCACCUGUCUUCCUUUUAUAAAAUAAUAAA